CCUCGUCACUGUUCUUUCAUGUCUACUCCGGUUAUCAUUGGAUUUGCAGUUGCAGGUGCUGCUACCGCUGGUCGUCUUGGUCUUAAAGCUUUCCAGGAAUGGCAAAAGAUGCCCAAAGCACCUCGUCUUUCCAAGUUCUACAAAGGUGGUUUUGAUGCCAAAAUGAACAAGCGUGAAGCUGCCUUGAUUUUGGGCUUGAGGGAGGCCCAGAUCAGCAAACAGAAAGUCAAGGAAGCGCAUCGUCGUAUUAUGCUGCUGAACCAUCCCGAUCGUGGCGGUUCACCGUACAUGGCGACAAAAAUCAAUGAAGCAAAGGAAUUUUUAGAAGGAAAGGCCAAAAAAUAAGCCGUCUUCUCUUUGUGGAUCAUUGUAGAUUUCUUUGUAUUUUAGAUAUUUUUUCUUCUUUUUUUUUCUCGCCUUUCAAAUGUAUUCCCUUCUUCAUCAACCUUUAACGCUCUCAAUAAUUCGGUUCGUCUUCCCACAGUUUAUAACUCUGCGUGUUUUAUGUGAAAAGUCAUGG